AUGUCAGCCACCUCAGUUACAUCUGUCAUCUCUGAAAACAACAACAAGCUGACUGCAGAGAACCAACAGCUGAAAACCAACCUGACCAAGGAAUAUAAUGUCUCAGAAAUGAAGAUCAAGAAACUAAUUGAAGAGAACCAGGAGCUGAAGACACUGAUCAACUUAACAGAACAAAUACGAAAAAUAGAGAACUGUGUUACUGUCACCCAGCAGAUCAUUGAUGCCUACUGCCCAAUAAAAGAUGGAAACAGACGGUGUAAACCUUGCCUAGAUGACUGGCUGCACCACCAGUCCAGCUGUUAUGCAAUCAAUAGCCCUAAUACUUAUGGUGGACUGAAAACCUGGGAGGAAGCUCGAGAGGACUGCAGAGGAAAGAAUUCAGACUUGGCUGUUAUAGUUAAUGAAGAUGAAAAGACAUUCAUCAGUGAUAACAGUUGGUACAAAAUAGGACUCGCUGGCUACUGGAUUGGACUGAGAGCUGAAGCAGAGAAAUGGAAGUGGAUCGAUGGAAGUGAUCUGACUGAAAAAUCCUGGAUGACACAACCUGCUAACAACGGCUACUGUGCAAUUUCUGUCCAAAACCAAGGAUGGAAAUCAGUGAGCUGUGGAAACAAAAACAGUUGGAUCUGCAAAAAGGCGGCUUUAUCUGUUUAA